AUGAAAUCUCUCCUCUUCUCAUUCCUCGUCUUCUCCACACUCUUCUUCCUCCCUGUCCGCUCCGACGAUCAUAUGCAGGAGGAAGACAGCGAAUGCGUCUACACAUUCUACGUCAAGACCGGAUCCGGGUUCAAAUCUGGGACCGACUCCAAGAUCAGUGUCUCGAUCGGCGACCCGACGGGCCGCUCCGCCUGGAUCCCGAACCUCCAGCAGUGGGGGCUGAUGGGCCCGGGCCACGACUACUACGAGCGGGGACACGUGGACAUCUUCAGCGGGCGGGCGCCGUGCAUCGGCGCUCCCAUCUGCCGCCUCAACCUCACCUCCGACGGGUCUGGGUCCCACCACGGGUGGUACUGCGACUACGUGGAGGUCACCUUCACCGGGGCCCACAAGCAGUGCCGCCAAACCAUCUUCUACGUGGAUCAGUGGCUGGCCACCGACGCUGCGCCUUACAGGCUCACGGCGCUGCUCGACGGCUGCGGGCGGUGGACGUCGGAGGGGGCCAAGGAGGUGGAGGCAGGGAAUAGGCUUGGGAAUGUGGGUGGGAGGUUGGUCGUUGGGAAUCCGCGACCGGCGCCGGUGGUAGAGUUAUCUGCUUCAGCCUGA